AAAACGUUGACACUUUGUGCUUUGUGGUUUUGGUGGAAUUAUUUCCAAUCCCUUGGAUUUUACUAGAGAUUUCGAUUUCUCUCGAGCUUGUUUGUUUGCGCGAAAAGUUAUCUCGGAGAAUUCGUUAUUUCUUUUACCCUUGAAUAAUUCUGUGUAAUAUUUUCUUAACAAUUUUCAACAAUGUCUCUUUUUGGAUCGUUGAUGGGCGACGUGGAGGAUGAUCCGUUUUUCGGUUCUCACAUGCGCCACAUGCGCCAGAUGAACAACAUGAUGAACUCUCUGUUCUCGGACCCCUUCGGCAUGCUGGGCGGGGGUCCGCUGGCCAUCGCGGGCCCGCGCCACGGGAGCUCCCUCAUGCCGUUUAUGCCUCAGAUGCCAUCUUUGAACAGGCUUUUUUCAGCGGACAUGGACGGCCAUAUGAGUGCUGGUUCUUCUUUCACAAGCAGCACAGUUGUCAUGUCCAGUGGACCAAACGGCAAGCCACAGAUAUACCAAUCCUCCAGCAGCACUAAAAUUGGUCCCAAUGGAGUCAAGGAGACCAGAAAGACCUUGCAAGACUCCUGCACAGGCACCAAGAAGAUGUCUAUUGGCCACCAUAUCGGCGAGCGCGCGCACGUAAUCGAGCGCGAACAAAACGUGUACUCUGGAGACGCCGAGGAGCGCCAGGAGUUCAUCAACAUUGAGGAGGAGGAGGCCGAGGACUUCAACAGGGAGUUCCAAAUUAAGGCCGGUGCUGCGGCGGCUGCCGGCAGGGCGCGCCUUGCCUUGCCCGCGCCUCCAUCGCCGCAACCACACGCAAGUAGCCGCCGCGCGCCGCGUCCCGCGCCCCGCCGCCCCCUCCGCGCCUCUGCCAGCCCCUUGGCCCUGCCCUCCAGCAACCGCGUGCGAGAGGUCUACGGCGGCUCUCAUCCGCAGCGCCACCGGCACCGUCAUCACAAGGCGCCUCGACACUCGCCCGCCGACAACUAAACGUCAACAACAACUAUCAACAACAACAUCUAAAGUCUGGUCCGUGAGCACGUAGAAUUUUGUCCAAUGACCCCAAGCUACCCAUCCUUAUCGCUCGCGCGUAAUUAUAUUGCUGUCGCGACUGUGCGAU